CGUACCUGACCUACCCUAUAGCCUGGUGGAGGCGGUAUGCGGGUCAACCGUCAUCAAUAUCAACACCUGGUCAUGUUAACUUGAUCAUGUGACUACAGGCGCACAGCUACCCCCCAGAGAAGAGGUGAAACUACCCGACCAUGUGGAAAAUACCGUUACUCGCAGCCUUGUUAUGCAUUUUCUUUCAAGUUUCAGACAGCAAGAUGUCCGUGUGUACGAGGCAGGAUUCCCCAAGCAGCAUCUCAUACAUCGUGUGCUACACCGGAUGCUGCGGCAGCAACUACACGACCCAUUGCUGUAACACUACAACCAUGGCAAAUGUUACCAUGGCGACAGAAAUCAUGCCGACUACAGUUCAGCCCAGGUGGAUCGUCGUGUGCGCCUUGGUGGGGAGUGUUAUAGUUGCAACUAUCAUCGUCACCAUCGUCUUGUACUUUGUGUGUUGUGCUCCGCUGUCUGUGUGUAGAGGUCACGCGUCACACAAAUCUGAUCCCACAAAGGCGGAUGAAGGUUAUGAUGGUGAGUGUGUGUGGUAAAAAGCGAUUAUGACAACGACCAAGCCAACCCAUUCCACAGUGAACUCCAGGACCAACAAAGCAAAUACUGACACGACGUGUUAUACUAAACUACUCCACCAUUGAUAAGGAUGUGUGUAUUGUACCUUCUCACAAUAUGUCAAGUGUAUAUAUAAUAAAAUGACAUAUCUGAUUAUCCCUACCAAAAGUUGAGAACUUUCCAAGACGA